AUGCUGUCGCAGUCGUCGGGGGUGCCGCACUGGGAGGCGGAGGACUCGGGCGCGCGGGACGCGGCGGCGGCGGGGAUAGCGGGCGGAAGCAUGGCGGCGAGCGCGCCGAUGCUUGCGCCCCUCUACCCGUCAAUAUCGAUGGACGCGCACGCCGUCGAGCUCGCGUCGUACAUUCUCUUCCCGCCGCCGCCCAGCCACGGCUCGCCCUCCUUGCGGCCCCUCCAAGGUUCCGCCGGGGGGACCUCCGCGCCCACUGGCGCAUCCGCCGCGGCGCAACUGGCGCGCCAGGCGGAGGCCGAGGAGCCUCUGCUAUUCGCGGAACGGAUCUCCGCGCAGGCGCGGCGCGGGUUGGUGGGGGAAGCGACGGGAGGGAUUGACGGGCAUGUGGGGAGGGACGAGGCGGAAGGGGGGGCUGAAAAGGGGGGCGCGGGGGGGGCGGAAGGAGCAAUGGUAGGGGAAGGAGAAUCGGGAGAUAAAGGAGAUGCAGCAGGGGGAGAAGGGGGAGGAGGAGGGGGGAGAGGAGGAGGAGGAGGAGGAGGAGGAGGAGGAGGAGGAGGAGGAGGAGGAGGAGGAGGAGGAGGAGGAGGAGGAGGAGGAGGAGGAGGAGGAGGAGGAGAAGGAGGAGAAGGAGGAGGGGAGGAGAGAGGAGGAGGAGGAGGGGAGGAGGAAAGAGGAGAGGGGAAAAGUGAGAGAUGCAGCAGCAGUUCCCGAUCCACGGGCUCAGAGGGCGGUUCAGCAGGGGGAGCAAGCGGGAGGCUGGGUGUGAGCGGGGGCGUGGUAAGGGUGGGUAACGAGGUUUGGGGAGGGGUGCAAGUGGGUACGGGAGCACACGGAGGGGUACAAGGGGGCUUUGAUCUGAACCAAGUUCGUCUGAGCCCUGUGCCACAGGCAGGGAUGCCGGGAGCUGCUUCUGAGUCAACUCAUUUGUUGCGCCCUGCGCUGGGUGUGGGCACUUUUGAGGCGCCUCAAAAGCCACAGACAGGGAUGCCGGGAGCUGCUUCUGAGUCAACUCAAGCGUUGCGCCCUUUGCUGGGUGUGGGCAUGGGCAUGGGGGAAAUGGCAGGGGGUGCAGUGGGGCUGGGGGAACGAAGAGAAGGGGCAGUGGGCAUGGCGGAAGGGGUGGGGGCCGCCCUUGGGAUGGGGGAAGGGGCAGGGGGAGCAAUGGGAAUGGGGGAAGGAGAUGUGGGCGCGGCAUUGCUGCGGCUUGUGGGGGGAAGUCUGGGGGGAGCGGGUAUGGCGGAAGGAGGGGCGUUGGCAGCCCUCCUGGCGAGUGCGUUGGGGGGGAGCAGCGGGGGGAAGCUUCCCUUGGGACUGAGUGCUGCUGCCAUGGGCAUUACUGGUGGUUCUGCUGCGGCAGCUGGCAGUGCAGCACUGCUGGCGAGUGUGUUGGGAGGCAGCAGUGGGGGAAUCCUUCCUUUGGGGCUUUCUGGGAGUGCUACUGCUGCAGCUGCCGGCAAUGCUGCCACAUGCUCUGCUGGGCUCAAUCCAGCCGUUGGAUCAAGUGCUUCCGGGCUCAAUCCAGCCGUUGGAUCGAAAGCGGAGGGAUCGCAUAUCGAGGCACAUCCGCACGCUACAGGGGCUGGUGCUUGCACCCACCAAAGACAGACGCCGCCACUGUCCCAGCCUCAUGCGCUCCUCUCUUCACUGCACUGUUUCCCCUCACACUUUUCCUCACUGCUCUGUUUGUCCAAACCCUUCUCCUUCCCGUGCGGAACCCUGCAGAAGCGGAGGGAUCGCAUAUCGCGGCACAUCCGCACGCUACAGGGGCUGGUGCCCGCAUCCACCAAGACAGACGCCGCCACUGUGCUGGCUCAGACCAUCCGAUAUCUGCGCGGGCUCGAGAGCCAAGUGGCUGAGCUCAAGGCCAAGUUAGGUGCAACGGCAGGCAACAGCUCCCAGGCAGAGUAG